UGAUUCCAUGACUUUGCAGCUCACAUAAAGGACCGCAACAGACCUUGUCCUUUGUCGGGAACGAAAAUAGCGGUGAAGAGAAGCUUUCCACUUUGAAACAGCAACUCAGGAUGCAUCCUUUCUUCCUGCUCUGUGUCGCGGUGGCGGGGUCCGUUGCCUGGGCUCGACCUAAUCCCUCUCCCUUCUCCUCAGAACUGAUCCACCUUAUCAACAAAGCCAACACCACCUGGACUGCUGGCCAGAACUUCCAUAAUGUUGACAUCAGCUAUGUGAGAGGGCUUUGUGGGACCAUCCUGAAGGGACCCAAACUGCCAGAGGUGGUUCAUAACAUUGAAGGCAUAAACCUUCCAGACAGCUUUGAUCCACGCCAGCAGUGGCCCAACUGUCCAACCCUCAAUCAGAUCAGAGACCAGGGCUCCUGUGGAUCCUGCUGGGCUUUUGGGGCGGUGGAAGCAAUAUCUGACCGUCUGUGUAUCCAAAGUGGUGGUAAGGUCACUUUGGAGAUUUCUGCUGAAGAUCUGCUCACCUGCUGUGAUGAUUGUGGAAUGGGGUGUUUCGGUGGUUACUCCUCAGCUGCUUGGGAGUUCUGGACAAAGACUGGUCUUGUGACAGGAGGCCUGUAUGACUCCAAAGUCGGUUGCAGACCCUACACCAUUGCUGCCUGUGAACAUCACGUAAAUGGAACCCGUCCUCCGUGCCAAGGCGAAACAGAAACUCCUAAAUGUGUGCAGCAAUGCAGGGAUGGGUAUACUCCGUCUUACCCGAAGGACAAACACUUUGGCCAGCGCUCGUACAGCAUCCCUUCGGAGCAGCAGCAGAUCAUGACAGAGCUGUAUAAGAACGGUCCUGUGGAGGCAGCUUUUAGUGUCUAUGAGGAUUUUCUGCAGUACAAAUCUGGCGUGUAUCAGCAUGUGACUGGAGAAAUGCUGGGAGGUCAUGCCAUAAAGAUCCUAGGCUGGGGGGAGGAGAAUGGCACCCCCUACUGGCUGGCUGCGAAUUCCUGGAACAAUGACUGGGGAGACAAAGGUUUCUUCAAAAUAAGACGUGGGAAUGAUGAAUGCGGAAUUGAGUCUGAAGUGGUCGCAGGAAUGCCCCUCAACUAGAUGAUUUAAAAAAUAUGUUUCGAGCUUCUUUGUAAGGUCAAAGACCAGCAAGUACAUGUUCAGAUUAUCAUAAAGAAUGGAUUUCAUGACAACAUGGUAACACUGACGAGAUGAUUAUUUUAUGAUAGAGCCUGAAGUACCAUUUCCUGAUUAA